CAAAGUUCUCAAUCCAAUCAAAAUAUACAAUCCUGAAUUACACAAAAUUUCUAUUAAUUAAUUUCAAUAAAUCCUAGUCUUAAAUUUACUGUAAACUCUUUACUUUUCUUGAAAUUUUAGGGUGUAUUUUCAGUACAUUAAUUUACUACACAGUUAUUUAUUUGCUGCAAUAAAUAAUCAAAAAUGGAAGAAAAUAAAUCAGAAGAGUCGUCAAAAAAUGAAUCACAAACAGAAUUUAAAAAGCCUGUUCUAAUAGGACGAAUUGGUAAAUUGCCUAAAAAGGCUAAAAAUGAAUCUGAAAAAUUUGUUGAGGAGAAAAAAGGAGAAAACUCAUCAGAGAAUAUCACAGAAGCUAAUGUUAAAAGUAACUUGCCUCCAGCUAUGUUACUAAAGGAAAUGUCUACAGUGAUACCGUAUAAAGAACCAAAAUGGUCAGGUUUAUGUCCUGAUGGUUCAGAUUAUGCUUUAGAAGUAUUAAAAUCUGGGGUUAUUGUAGAAAAAAUUGAACUGACAAAAAAAGCUUAUUAUGUGUUUGGAAGGCUAGCCAACUGUGAUAUUGUUAUGGCUAAUCCUACCAUAUCAAGACAUCAUGCAGUCCUACAAUAUAAAGCGUUCGCAGAAGAUGGUGAACCACCAUCAGGAUGGUAUUUAUACGACCUAGGCAGCACACAUGGAACUUUCUUGAACAAGGAUAGACUAAAGCCCAGUCACUAUACAAGGGUACGAGUGGGACACCAGAUCAAGUUUGGAAAUAGCACACGAUCUUAUAUUGUAUUGGGUCCGGACUUUGACUGUGAAGGUGAAUCAGAAUUAUCAGUUACGGAAAUAAAAAAGAGAGCAGAAAUAAUGAAGUUGGAGAGAGAUAGAAUGAUACAGGCGGCAAUAGAACAAAAGGAGAAAGACAGACUCGAAGAAGAGAGGAAAAGAGAUGAACAGGGAAUUGACUGGGGAAUGGGUGAGGAUGCAGAAGAAGAACCAGACUUAGCUGACAAUCCUUAUGCCGUCACAGCCAAUGAGGAGUUGUAUCUUGAUGACCCUAAGAAAACGCUCAGGGGCUACUUCGAGAGAGAAGGGCUCGAGCUAAAAUAUGACUGUCAAGAGAGAGGCAUUGGACAGUUCAUGUGCAGAGUGGAAUUACCAAUAGAUGACGCUCGCGGCAAUCCAGUUAUCGCUGAGGUGAUGCACCGUGGCAAGAAGAAGGAAGCUGUGAUCGCGUGCGCACUGGAGGCGUGUAGGAUACUCGACCGGGCUGGUCUGCUGAGGCAGUCCAAACAUGAAUCUCGCAAGCGUAAGGAGCGUGAUUGGAGCGCAGACGACUAUUACGACUCCGAUGACGAUACGUUCCUCGAUCGCACUGGCAGUGUUGAACGCAAAAGGAAGUUGCGAAUGGAGAAACAUGGCGCCAUUGACAAGAAGAAAGAUAAACCACUCACAUAUGAUGACUUGCUUAAACAAAUAAAAGAAACAGAAGAGAAGAUAGCGGCAGAGGAAGUCAGACUAGAGCGUCUCCGCGCCUCCUCUAAACCCGUGCAACAGACAGACGGCGAAGCGGACGCCCUCGAUGCAUUCAUGAGCUCCCUAAAACAAGGACCCACUGUUGCACAGAGAGCCGAUAUUUCAAACGCCAAGAUGAACAUACAAAAAUUGAAAGCAGAGCUUACGAAAAUGCACCGUUUGGCGGAGCUCGCACGGCCGGCGCAUAUGCCGCCAUUGUUAAAGAAGGACAGCAAAAUGGCUGUUAAAGUCGGCAGUAACUCCGUUAUCUAUGGCAAGAGAAUAAAAUUAAAAGAAGAUAACGAAAAACGUCCAAAAAUAAGACAGGAAGUAAAAAAAGAAGAAACAGAAUUUGUUGAAGAAAUGGAUUCUGAUGAAGAGGUGGAAGUAAAACAAUCGGAAAAAAAAAGUGAAAUGUCAGAAAAUGUUACAAAAGUAACUGUGAGUGAGACGACGAAUGAUAGCAGUAAGAGUGUAACAGACGAUAAUAAUGAAAGAAAAAGAAUGUAUGGCCCCAUGCGACCUCCAGAUGAUUACGUAAUUCCAGGAGAUUACUUUGAUCAAGAAACUGACAGAGAUCUACCAGAAAUAAUGGAGAAAGAAGAUGUUUAAUUAUAAGAAAUAAAUCAAAUGUUAGAA